AUGGCCCUCGCCGUCAAUGGAAGCCGCUGCGCAAGCGCGACAUUCGGGUCCCCUAUACUGCUAGGGGCCAGUAUUCUCGCGGUGCAAGCUAACCUGGUGGAAGACUACAGCUUCGACGUUCCAAAGGGAUGGACCUACUCUCAGCCGGCCCUCAACGUUGAGAACGCUACCUUUUGCAACGUCACCGUUACCUACACGCACCCAGGACAGAACGACACCCUCACGGCCGAGGCCUGGCUACCACCCAUAGACCGCUACAACGGGAUUUUGCAGUCAGUCGGCGGAGGUGGCUGGAACCCCGGCCGCUUCAUCCUCAGCUACGCAGCCAUGAUCAACGCCGUUGCCAACGGCUACGCGACUGUCACCACUGACGCCGGAAUCCCUACUACCUCGAACCCCAUCGACUGGCUGCUUAAAAGCCCGGGGAGCUUAGACACCAACGCUCUGCAAAACUUUGGUCAGGUCUCCCUGAAUGAUGAGGCUAUUAUAACGAAACAGCUUAUUGAAAGCUUCUACGGCAAGCCUCCUGCGCGAUCCUAUUGGAAUGCCUGCUCCCAGGGCGGCCGUCAGGGCCUCAAACUGGCGCAGCAAUACCCAGACGCCUACGACGGCAUCAUGUCAGCCGCCCCCGCCGUCAACUGGGCCGAGUUCUACCUCAAUUCGAUCUGGCCUAGCUACUACAUGCUCAAGACCCAGCAGUUCCCGCUGGGAUGCGAACUCAACGCGCUCACCGCCAUUGCCAUCUCUGCCUGCGACGAGCUAGACGGUGUCAAGGACGGCCUCGUCAGUGAUCCCGAGGCCUGCAGGGCAAACUUCAACGUUUCCGCGCAGGUUGGCAAGUCUUUCACGUGCGCGCAGACUAACUCAACGCUCGAACUUAGUCAAGCGGCCGCCAACGUGGCUAAUGCCUCCUGGACCGGUCCCCGUUCUUCCACUGGGAGAUUCAUCUACGAUGGGUACGAGAUAGGCAGCAAUCUAUCCGUCAUCGCACCGACAGAAUGCACCGGUAAGGUCUGCACGAGCAGCACUGCUGAGGCAAACAUUGCCUUUGCCUGGCAGGCUUUCGUCUCCAAAGACCCCAAUGCUACGGUGCCUACUCUUACAGACACAACGUUUGACACGAUCCACCGCGCCACCAAAUUGGUCUUUGCCUCCAACAUGGAGACCGACGAGGCGGACCUGAGCGACUUCAAAAACGCAGGGGGCAAGAUCAUUACCUACCACGGACUCGCCGAUCAAAGCAUCUCUCCUGGCGGCACUCUCCGAUACUACAACACCGUCUCUGACGUCGUCGGCGGCAACAUUAGCUCGUUUUACAAAUACUAUCGCGUCCCCGGGCUCGAGCACUGCUGGGGUGGCAGAGGAGGACAGCCCGAGGCCAUCUUCGCGCAGCUUCGGGCCUGGGUCGAGAACGGGACGGAGCCGGAGUCUUCACCAGUGAUCGUGACGCUGCCGGAUGGAUCGACGCAAGAGCAGGUGCUGUGCCCGUAUCCGCAGAAGGCGAGGUUUGAUGACGCGUGUGCGAGCAAGAACGCAACUUCUUGCUGGUCUUGUUCUGAAUAA